AUGGAAAGAACUGUUACAAAAGGAACGAAUAAUAAUCAAUUAAAAAAUUUUGAAAAUAAUAAACCAAAUCAUUCGAUUGAAUCAGAAAUACAUUUGGUGAAAAUUUUUGAUGGUGAAUUAUUUUCCUAUCAAUUAUCCACGGAAUGUACCAAAGAAAUGCAAAAUAAAACACGAUUAUGUGUUCAACCAUUAAUGAUCAGCUGGCAGAAUAUGCGACAACAACGACCAAUCUUAAAAAAUAUAUCAUUUCCGAUGUAUAAGUAUACUCGACAGGAAUUAUUAGAGCUUUGUGAUGGUUAUGCAAAUAUAUUUUUGUGUGCCGGCUUUGAAUCGAUCACAAUUUGCCUUAAUGAUGAAUUGAUUCGAUUUGCUCGAGAUCACUUCGGAUAUAUUUGUACGCCACAAAAUAUUAAACGUUUCAUGGAAUACUAUGAAUGUAUCAUUGAUGUAGCUAUUGCUAAUAAUGAAAACUGUCAAAUAUUUAUUAGUGGUAUAGCAGAGCCGGGAAAAGAUUUGAAAAAAUGUCGCGGUAUUCGACAGUACUAUAGCUGUAUGAAACCGGAAAUUAUACAAAAAUGUGGAAAUGAAGCGUUGAAAGAAUUCGAAACAUCAGUAAUUGAAUAUGGCUGUGAUUUGGGUCUUAAUGAUUUAUUGCAUUAUUAA